CACCUGCCCACCGCCCUGGGCGAGAACCCCUGCAGAGGCCUAUCGCCGCGACCGAUAAGCAGUGUUCCAGGGAGCACAUGAAACUGGGCGGGUCUCCAGGCAGGCCGGGCAGCCAGGAUACUGCGGCUGCUUGCUGCAGCAGCAGGCAGGUAAUAAUGGCUGCCAGCAGAUUACCACAUUGAUCCAUGCAGGGAGCACAGCGCCGCAAUGCCCUCGUGCGACACUGACACUUUGUUGUACCACUUUCGCAACCUGCACCGCAAAUUAUCCUUUCUGCAUACUCGCUUUCUCGGUGUUUUCGACAAUCCCAACGAAGCCGGCGACCCUCCAACCUGCCCAAACCAAGACUCGAACCACCCCCGAACUCGCCCCUGACCACAUACGACAAGCUGCUGAAGCUGCACACCGACUGACUGGCUGGCUGGCUGGGCUGGCCGAUCGACGCGACGAUGACGAGGCCGCGGCGCUCUUCCGCCGCCAGCGACGAGAGCAAUCUCACCGCGCGGGACCAGGAGCUGGGUAGCAUGUACGAUUAUUUGGCCAAGAUCAUAUUGCUGGGACCUAGUGGGACGGGCAAGUCCUGUUUGCUGCAUCGCUUCGUCAAGAACGAGUGGAGGGUUCUCUCGUCACAAACCAUCGGCGUCGAGUUCGCGACCAAGAUCAUCAAAGUUGGCACAGGCGCGAGGAGGAAAAGGAUAAAGCUACAGCUCUGGGACACUGCCGGCACCGAGCGCUUCCGGUCCGUUUCUCGAUCAUACUACCGGGGCGCCGCGGGCGCCAUCCUCGUCUACGACAUCACCUCCCACGCAUCCUUCAACUCGCUCCAGCCCUUCCUCAACGACGCGCGCGCCCUCGCCUCGCCGAACCUGACCCUCGUGCUCGCGGGCAACAAGCUCGACCUCGCCGACAGCAACGCCCUCAUCGACACGUCCAUGCCGCCGCCCACCCCGUCCAGCUACGGCUCCUCCCACACCAUCACGGGCCCCGCCGGCGCGGUCGGCAGCAGCUAUGCCUCGUACUCGGCCGCGAGCGUGAGCAGCACGACGAGCAGGAGCACAAUGGCGACCAUGACGGACCGGGACCCGUGGGGCGGCGGCGGUUUCGGCGGCUCGGCGACGGGCCACGAGCAGCGGGCCACGAUUGCGCUCGAGGGCCGCGAGGUGUCGGCGACCGAGGCGAGCCGGUGGGCCAGCGGUGUCAAUGUCCCCGUGACGAUGGAGGUCAGCGCGCUCAACGGGGAGGGCGUGGACGAGGUGUUUGGCCGGCUGGCCCGGAUGAUCCUCACCAAGAUCGAGCUGGGGGAGAUAGACCCGGACGACCCCAUGAGCGGCAUCCAGUACGGCGACGCCGGCGGGCUGUGGCACAGCGGCGCCAGCACCGACGGCGCCAGCAUCAAGAGCUCGCUGACCACGGAAGACAUCGGCGCCGGGGGUGGGCGGAGGAGGGGCCGGGGAAGGGGCAAGAGCAGGAGCCAGUGGGGGAUGGGCGGCAUGAGGGAAUGGGAGGAGGUGUUCACGCUCAGCAACCGGAGGAGCAGGAGGGGCUGCUGCUGAGGCCGAGCGGCCCCUUGCGUCUGCUGUGGAUUUUACAUUUUGCUUCCAGGAUACCACUGCCUUUUUGUUUGAUCUUGAUGUUUCAAGCGGUUGAAGCGGUUCUGGGCUCACGGCGAUAGAAAGGCAUGCGGCGUUUGAUGGACGGGGUCUUUUUGGACACACGACUAAGAAUUUCUCUAUCUAUAUACAGCGAGAGAGGCGGACGGGUGUUGUACGUUGCACCAGAGUUGCUGGUCUCCUUUUUCUUUUUGUACCCACGGUCGCUCACGUCUUUUGUUCUCGUUGAGUCGUUAGGUCGUUAGGUCGCCAAGUCGUUGAGAGAGGUCCGGUCGGUGCGACCCUACGGGCCUACCGGGUGGAGGAAACACGUGGAAUAUGGCGAGCACGAGCUGCUGCAGACUAUCCUGUAGUUUCUCAGUAAUCACACAAGUUGAUAUGGACAUCCCGUUCGAGGAAUGCCUGCCUCUGCCGUGAACCCAUCCUGGCGAUGCCCCUCCCCCCCACACCUCACCUGUCAAGGUCUAAGUGGGGGCACUUCCACGACUGGAAUGACGGAUUUGCACGCACCGCUGUCCAGGGUAUCUGGAAGCCGGUACGUACCUACUACCUAGGUACGUACGUGAUGCCUGGGCCAGCAAUCGCACUAGACUAC